AGCCCAUCAGUGAGGGAAUGAGGGAUCAAUUGCUGAUGCACCAUUCUAUAGCCCAGGGCCUAGCUGAUGUUGGCUUGAACGUUCAUUCUGGUGGCAUGACAAGUUUUAAGAGUGUCGACGAUUUCUACGAGGCCGUCUCUGGAUGGGACAUCCUCAUUGAUCUUAGCAGUGAGCCACUACCACACGGCGGCGCCACAAUUCCCGAGUGGAGCAACCUGGUCGAGGGCUACAAAUUCAGCAUCAACAACAAAGUUGCCAAGUCCCUGCCGUUUUUUGCCAGCAAUUCUAUCUACAGAUCCGACUUGAUCAGCAGCUACCAGAACGCAACUGACUUUAGCGAGCACUUGCAGGUUCAGCCCGAUGAUCUUCUCAGCGACUUUGUUAAGCUUGCCACAGGUUCAUUGGGCGCAAAAGACACCAAGUGGUUCCGCAAUAUUCCCGGAAAAGUGCCAGUUCAUUGGGUUUCGCCUGCCGACUGCAAGAAUUAAAACAAAAGAAUUGGAGGCACCAAACUUUAUUGUUCCUGGAUUUUUUUGGUUUAUACAACACAUUAGUGAAAGUGUAUUUUGGAAUUUCCAGACAUUUAUAGCGAAAGUCCAAAUUUUUAAGCGGGGGGGGGGAGGGGGUUCAAAACCUGCUUCUUGCGCAAAAAUGCACCAUUCGAGUUGGCUGAACCUGAGUUUACAGCGAAGCUCAAGCCAAAGCCC